UCAAGAUGGCCGCGCCCAUGCCAAAUCACGUUUCAUAUUCAUUUUUGAGCUUUUAGAGCUAUGGAUAUAAUUCGUAACUUCGAAGCUGCCGCCACACUUAUGUCUUCGGACCCAAAUUCACAGUUGGCACUGGUGUCAAAGCGGCAGCACAUCAAACUUUCUCCAAAAUACCUUGGCAAUAUACGAACAGGAAUUUCUUGCCACAUGACCUGUGCUUUGGCCCGGUACACCAACGAACUGGAAGGAGCACCAGUUGCAUUUAAGAAUGUUAAAGUUGUUCAAAGAAUGGGGCGCAUCAUUGCAGACCAGACUUGCGUACAUUUUGAUGUUGAUGCUGACUUCAUUGUCUUUAAGCCAUCAGUCGGGUGUACCCUUAAAGGCAAGGUAAACAAAGUGACAAAAGAGCAUAUAGGAUGUCUGGUGCAUGGUUGCUUUAACGCAUGGAUGCCCCACAGCUGUCUCACCCAGAAGAAGGCCCUGGACAUCCUCCUGGGAUCUGAGCUCGAGUUCACUGUAGAAUCAAUCAACACUCAUAAUGUCAUGUCUGUGAAAGGGAAGUUUGGAAAACUCAUACCAAAGCCAGGUGUGAAGCCUGAUGAGCCUGAUAUUGAGGUGAAAAAGACCCGGAAAAAGAAGAAAAACAAAAAAGAACAACCUGACUGUGUUUCUGUUGAUAACGAAACUGGAUUGGGUGAGGAGACAAUCCUAGCAGGUGCAGGCACCAACAUUGAGAUUGGGCUGGACUCCUCUGGGCUGGAACCAGUCUUCUCAAGCACGCAGGUGGAGGGUGGGGAAGUUACACAACCCGGCAAGAAGGCCAAGAAGCACAAAAAGAAGAAUAGAGAAACAGAUGAUUCAGUUAAUGAAUUAACUACAAGCAGUGGGUUUAAUAGUGUUUUAGAUGGUGCUUCUACUAGUGACAGCUUUAUGAAGAAAAGUGAAUCAGACUGCAAUGAAGUAAUUCAUAAAAAGAAGAAGAAAAAACACAGUAGAUCAGAAUUAAGCUUUGAGAAUGGUUUAUCACAUGAAGAGUCUGUAAAUGUGUCUGAUAUGAAUGAUGGUGUGUUUCAAGCAAGUUACUCUGCAAACAAGAAAAAUAGAAAAAGGAAACAUAGUGAAAGUGUUCAAAACAAUGGUAGAUGUGAGGCCAAUAAAACAUCAUCACUCGAGGAUUCUGCUGAAGUGCUCUAUCCUAAGAAAAAACACAAGAAAAACAAGAAAACAGAUCCUGACAGAGAUCCCAGUUCAAAUCUCACAAGUAUAGAAAACCAGGAUGAAACGCAAGAACAGUCAAUGCAUUCAAAAAACAAGAAGAAACAUAAAAAAGGACAAAAAUGAUAAUAUCAUGGUAUAUGACUGCAAGCCAUGUUUGUACAAACUUUGUCUUCAAACCGAUUUUUUAUCAGCAUAGUUAUCGAAAUAUUGAAAACCUGAGCAAUGUUUCAAAAAGCGAACUUAUCCGCCGCAACUUCAUAUAGCAAAUAAUGAAACAUGACACUAAGGUUAUCGUAAACGAUCUGCAAUGGGCACUGAUUACAAAACAUAUUUGUGGCAUUAAUUUUUUUUAGUUGAUCUUAUUUUCAACUUAUACCUAUUUUUAGGUAUUUAGACCUAUAUGUAAUGAAAUUUUGAUGCCCAGUAACUUAUACAUUAAUGCUAUGGUCAUGUCCAGACUGUCAUUACAUAAUGAUUUAGCCUAAAUUAAUAGUUGUAAAAUAUGUAUAAACCAGUAGAAACCAGUGUAUUUCUUGUAUUGCUAGUUGAUUUUCAUUUUAGUUAUACAUGUUAUGUCAAAUAUAAGAUUGUAACACUUAUGGUAAAGCUAUUGCAUUGUUUCUAGCAGUUAAUGAAAUAGAACAUUGGUUUUUUACAAUGUUAUUUAUGUGUAUUAUCUGACUGUAUCAAAUGUAUUUGUGCAUUUUAAAAUGUCAUGGCAAGUUGAAAGUUGUUUUAACUUAUCUUGAUAAUAAAUUUAAAUAUGGACAAAAAAUGUAUAGCUGAAGAACAAUAAGGAGGCUUGACUACUCGCCCCAGCAUCAGUGUCACACCGAUGUUUAGGACAAUCACAAAAUGAGGUUGCAUAACUCUGUAUUAUCUUAAAUACAAAUUAUGGCCCCUGACUGACUUUGGAACUUAGGUUAAAGUUUAAUGGCACAUUGUGUCAGGUUAAAGGUGUAGAGCAAGCUGGGAUUUUUAGUAAAAACUUCUAUACCUUUCGUUCAAUUGAUGUAAUACAUGUGUACUUCACACAAUUAUUGAGGGCCAUCUUACAAUUAGGUUACAUACGGUAACUCAAUGUUAACCUUAAAUACAAAUUAUGACCUUUUUAUUUAGCUCUUUUUCGACAGGCACAUUUCUAUAUUUUUAACCAGGUUCUCACUAUAGUGAAACCUGGUUAUUAGAAAGGCGUGCUUCAUUGUUCGGGUGGUAGUCAAUUUCACCUAUGGUAUCGAAUAAUUUAAGUUUGACAUAGAGUGACCAAACUGUAGAGAAAGGGACCUUUCAUUGGAUUGCGCUUCGGGUCCCUAGGCUCAAGGGCAAGGUCACUUCUACUAUGAAUAGAAAAAUGGUUGGGACUUAAUAACUUUAGUUAGGGUUGACAUAUUGCAACCAAACUUGGUAUAUAGAAAGAGUUUAUAGAAACCUUUUUGUGGGAUUGUGUUUGGGGCCCCAGGAGUCAUGGUCAUGGUCACUGUUGUUUUAAAUAGAAAAAUGGUUAGUACUGCAUAACUUAACAAACUUGGUAUAAAGGAAAGGUUUAUGGAGACCUUUCAUUGGAUUGUGUUUAGGGCACCAAGGGUCAAGGUCAUUGUUACUAAAAUAGAUAACUGUUUGGUACUGAAUCAUUUUAGUUAGGGUAGGCAUAUGUAGGAAGGGUUUAUGGAGAAGUUACACUGGAUUCCGUUUGGCGCCCCUAGGGUCAAUGUCACUGUAACUUUAAAUAGAAGAAAAAAAACAGUUGAACCUGAAUCUCUGAUCAAAGGCUGAAGUUCUUCAGUCAAUCAUUGAAAACCUGGCUUAAUCGUAUUGCGGCGUUUCUUGUUUACUUUUUAACUGGACUUUUUUUAAAUGCUUUUGACAGGCACAUAUAACAUUAUAUUGUAUUCAUUUAUAAGCCAAUGCAGCAUAAAGUCUAGCGGGCUGUCUUAUGACAGCUCUUGUUUACUUCACUGUGAUUGUCCGGUGUUCUACCUUCAUUCUUUGUCAUUCUACCUUUUCAAACAUGACUCCUUUUUUGUUAUUGCCCAUUGUUCUUUCAGAAUACCAGGUAUUUUCUGCAUAACAACUCGAAAACAGUUUGACCUAGGAGGACCAUAAACUCUACUAUAAGGUUGUCCUAAAGGUUUUAAGUGACAGUAGGUCAGUAUGUUUUGGAAAGCUAUGAUCGCACAAUAACUUUGAUAAUGCUUUGACGUAGGAUCUUAAAACUCCCGAAGACUGUCCUUAGCACCAUAUGUGUUUUGGUUAGUAGGUCUCAAGUCCCAAGUAAUAUUCAUUUUUUUUUUUGAAAACUCGAAUAAUUUGAGAAUUUGAUGAAGGAUCAUGUAGCUCCAUUAGCUUAGAGGCUGCCUGUGUCUUUUGUUUUUGGCAUCAGUAGAUCAUAAUUAAAAACAUUUAUUUGAAAACUUUGUCCUAACAAUAACAAUUUGACAUGGACCCAUGAAACUUUGUAAGUUGCUCUUCAUCAUUAGAUGUGCGUCUUGCCCGAAAGUAGAAUAAACUUCAAUGAUUAAACUUGGCACAAUAUCAUGUGCUAGUGUGGUCUUGUCUUAUGGGGGAAAAGGGAGAACCUGGUGCUGUAUUCAAUAAGCAUCUUAGUAACAAUUUACAACUUAGUGAAAAAUGGCCUUUUUUCUAUUAAAUUUGA